UCGAGCUGUGGCCGGCGUUCCGCCGCGCGGCGCCGAAGCCCCCGGGCCGCGCGCUUUUCUCAGCGCCGCGGCGAGGCUUCCCUCUCUCCUCUCCCUCUGGAGGUUGUUUGCCGGGCCGAGGCGGAGCCGAGGACGCCACACGUGCCGGGAACGUGCCGUGCUGAGCGGCGAGGGACCGAUGGAGCCCGACGGCGCGACUGCAAAUGAGACACAAACAGAAUCUUUAUCUUCGUCUCCCAACGCUAUGUCACCAGUGCCAUUGAAUAACCCAACCGGUGCACCAAGGUUUGGAACAGUUACUCCAAAUCGCAUCUUUGUAGGAGGAAUUGAUUUUAAGACCAAUGAACAUGACCUGAGGAAGUUUUUUGCUCAGUAUGGCUGUGUCAGAGAGGUGAAGAUAGUAAAUGACAGAGCUGGAAUAUCAAAAGGGUAUGGUUUCAUUACUUUUGAAACUCAGGAAGAUGCACAGAAGAUACUACAAGAGGCUAAAAAACUUAAUUACAAGGAUAAGAAGUUGAAUAUUGGACCAGCAAUAAGAAAACAGCAAACACGGAUUCCUCGUUCUAAUGUGAUACCAGAAGGUGGUACAAUGUACUUAACGACUUCAAGUGGAUAUCCUUAUAUUUACCAUAAUGGAGUGGCUUAUUUUCAUACUCCUGAAGUUGCUUCUGUUCAACAGCCAUGGCCAUCACGCACUGUUUCCAGCUCACCUGUGGUGGUAACGCAACCAGUUUAUCAGCCUCCUACUUGCCAUUAUCAGGCACCAACGCAGUGUCUUCCAGGUCAGUGGCAGUGGUCUGUUUCACAGUCUCCAACCUCUUCGCCUUCGUUGUUUUAUCUGCACCCAUCUGAAGUUAUUUAUCAGCCGGUAGGGAUUGCCCAGGAAGGUGGUUGCGUACCUUCUCCUUUCCUUCUAGUGGAAGCUGCAGUUCCUGAGCCAUUUUCUGAUCAUGGAGUUCAAGCAACCCCUCACCAGCCUUUUGCCCAGAGUGCUGUAGCCAUGCCUGCACCUGUGAGUCAAACUAAGCAAGUUAAAGCAGUGUGGAGCAUUCACUAUUAAGCACUUUGGGCAGCUUUAGUGUACCUGUUCUGAUUUUCUUGUCCAGUCCUUCCAGUGUGGCUGAGAUCAUCAACAUACCAGCUAGCAGCUGCCUGUUGUGAAGCUUAGGGAAUCAAGGUUGCAUUCUGUGAGAAGAAAUUUUUCACAUCUGUUGUCUCCUUGAGUCUGAAACCUUGGUAUACAAGAAGUCCCCAUUUUCAUCCUAGAAAAGAUUACUGACUGGAAGAUAAAAUUCUUACACCACCUUUACCUACAGACUCUGUAAAAUGGAUUUUUAGCCAUCCCAUUUGCUGGUGUUCCUAUCACGUGGAGGAAGUGUCGUUCCUGACUUGUAACAUUUGCCUGGAUGUGCCUAAAUGAAAAUGCCGUUAGCUUUUGUAAAGAAAGAACAUUUGGUUUUGCAGUUUGGACAGGGAAACACCCAAAACUGUGUUUUUAUUCUAUAUAGCCUUUCUUAAUAAAAAUACUUUCACUGGACAAAAUUGUAAUUUCUAGUAUACAGCCUACUAUUUAGAUAUGGAUUACUUACAUAGAUUUAAUAAAAUAUGCCAUUUUUCAAGGGAAAAGUUACUUUUCAUUUCUGGACUAUAUAGAUUUAAAAGAUUUGUUAGUAAAGGUGGAAACGCCAUCUUCCCCACGUACUAACAGCAUUUACCUGCUAGGGAUUAGAAUGUGGUUAUUUAAAUCUGUAUUGCAAUAGUUUUUGUUUAUUUUUGAUUUUUUUUUUCAAUUGGAAUUCUCUGCUUUUGUAAGAUACCUUCACUUGUUGUGUCGUUUUAGUGCUGGAGGGUAAUAACUUGAAAGUUUGAACCACUAGUUUAAUGAUUGGUUAUUUUCAUAGGAGGGUGAUGUUUUUCUGGUACACAGAAAGCAAUAUAUUUGGGUUUCUGCUAUGUUUUAAUUUACAGAAGAAGACAAGAAUCGACUUAAUUCUCUGACAAGGCCAUUUAGAAACUUCCCCUUACUGCCUUCAAUUUUUCUGUUGUCUGAGCAAGGCUUUAGGAACUCGUUGGCAGUGCCAUGAAUGGAGAUGGAACGCUCUGUAUCCUCAGCUGCAGCAAGUGACUUAUUCUCCUUGCUUCUGCCCUCACCCCCCUUGAAUACCUUUUAUAUUUUGUAAAACUUGCUUUCUUCAAAGACACAGCCUCAGUGUACUUAAUAGCAAAAAGAAUCUAUAAUGACUUUAUUGUCAUGUAUGUAUAAUAUCCUGGAGCUUUCAAUUUAUCUUCUCUCUAGAAGUUUGCUUUUUGGUUGUUGGGGUGGUUUUUUGUUUAUUUCUUUUGCUUUUGAAGCACUCAGGGAUCCUACACAGUGGGCAUUUCUGUCAGCCACUAAACUGUGUGUAAUAGGUAAAUACCUUAAUGGUGAUUCUGACAGCCAGUAUAGCAUCUCUUUGUGUUAUACAGGAAAAAAGAUGGAGUCAGAUGCUGUUCCUACACUGGUUUGGAAUUAUAUGAAAGGAGAUGACACACACAGUCAUUUUGUUUAUUGUGUUGGUGGUAUGUUUGCUGUAGGUGUUUUCCGUGUUUUGCUAGGUGGAAAGAAAUCUAGGCAAUAUGAUUUCAACUUUUUGUUCAUUUGUUAUUAAAGAAGUGUUACUGUAGAAACUGGGAGAUUGUUGGGCCCAAUAAGUAUCAGAUACUUGCAACUUGUUUGCAUGAUUUGAGGGGGAAAAUAGUUGCUGUAGCUUGUCCUGUCUCUGAGCCGUCCAGCUGGCUUCUAUUUGAUGCAGAUUUUAGAAUUAGAUUUUAGAAUUCAUCAGUACAAAAGUUACAGAAAUAUUGAUGCAUCCUAACAAUAAGCCAUUUCUGUGGAAGAAUUUCUGUGUAGUUAUGGUAUUGUUGUAAAUGCUGGAAUGGCUCAGAAGGAGUCAAAGGAAAGUGCUGUGUUCUGUUGGAGCCUUAUUUGCUCUGUCAUGAAACAAGAGCUCAUUUGACUCGAGGCUGAGAAUAUUUAGUCCUAAAUCCUUAUUUUUGACAUUUGCAGUUUCAGUUUACAAAUAGGAUUUACCUGUUUCUGUAGUGGCUUAGAGAUGGAAGAGGUCAAGUUCACAGCAGGUACUGUAUUGGGGAAGUCUUCUAAACUGAUUGCUUGAAAAUGUACGACUCUAGUGCAGUCAUUUGUCCAUCUAUCCGAUGGAGUGGCAUCUAAUGCAAAUUUUAAAAUGUCAUUUAUUUCCAUUUGUUGGGACAGAUGGUAAAUUAUUGCUAAAUGAGUUGAUUUCCUGGCCUUUGUUUCAAAGAACAUUUACUUCAUUUUACCUUGCAUGUGAACUUGAUCAUUUGGAAGCAUGUUCAGCACUGGGUACAGAAGUAUUCCUGGGUGUUCUUUUACAGUCUCUCUAACUUAGUCUGGAGAUGUUGUUUGUGAAGGUUAUGUCACCAUUUUUUAACAGUGUUUAGAUUUGACCUGAGACCUCUAGAGGGGAAAAAAAAAUAAAAAAUGAACCACUAAUUUUUGGCUUUCCUCCAGGAAUUACCAGUAACUGUUGAAAUACUGAGGGCUUUCCAAUGACAUUGUAACUUCUCUUUCUUUAAAAUGUCUGCCAACAAUGAUGGCAUAAUACCAGUUACUAGGAAGUGAACUUCUAAGCUGCCUGUAGUUGAAUCCUUUCUUAGACACAGUGGAGGCACAGUAAUCAGCUUUUGUAGUUUGUGCAGGAAUACAUUGGAGAGAUGCACUAAGAAUGAACUGUAUAAUUUUUUCUCACAAGUGCCUAAAAUUGCAUUAUUUUGACAUCACAGCUUUCAGCACUUUUUUUAUUUCUUAAACUUUACACUGUUACUUUCCUACCUUUUAAAGUCAUCACAAUACGGUGAUUCUUUACUGAAGUCAUCCAGUUAAGUGUAGAAAAGUGGGUCUUGAUUUGGGGUUUGGAGAACAGCAGUGCUUCCUUUGGGCUUCUGCAGUUUCCUGUCUGUAGCUGUAAGGCCUUACAUAUAUUAAGAGGGAUUGGAGCAGAUGAGGACUGUGCUCCCUGGAUGCGCACUAGCUAGCGGCCAAGUCUUUGUGCACUGCUUGUCACAUAUUAGCAAACAGAAUUAACACCCUGAUUCUCACUCGCUGAGAGUUUAGUGACCCUGCCAGUAUUGUUUUCUGAGCUAGCUUUCACAGUAUUUCUAGUGAUUGUUGUUUGUUUAAUGCUACAUAUCCAUGGCAAACUGCUAGUUCUGACGUUGUGCUAAGUGACACUAACAACCCCUAGACGUACAGGAGAGCUACAGAAGUUAUCACCUGUAUUUUUAUGUAUUUGAUCAGGGAUUCACUUAUGCAUUAAGUAGAAUUUUCUAGUUUUGGGUUCCUGCUGCUUCUGAUCCUGUGUACUGGAAGUCUGUUCAUCAUCCCUGUAAGCUAUUUAGUUUUUUGCUUACAUAUGUUUGAUUAUUUCUGUUCUGAUAUUCGUUCCUCAAAAUAGUCAAUGAGCAACUGCAUUCCAGUAGUAACUGAACAAAACCUGACUGAACACAUGGCUUUCUAAAAAUGUUUUCCUGUUUUUAGCAGUUUUUAAAUGUAAGUAGUUGUAUGGUUGUGAAAUAGUUGAAAGUUUUUGAGUGUAAAUAUAACAGUAAAAUGGGUUUGUGGCUUUGUAAUGUUGAACAGAUACAGUAGUUUAAAUGCACCUGGUAUACAGUUUUCUUCACUUCUGUUUUCUUUUUAAAAGAUGCACAUUGUGUAUCAUUAUAUUAAAGAUCAAAAAUGUCAGUGUCUUGAUACACUUGUACAAUCCCAUACAGCUUUAGUGUGGGAAGUCUGAGUGGAAAUACAGAAAGCAGAACAGUAAUAUGUGGCUCUUAUUUGAGCAAUGUUUAAUAUUGCUCCUGAGAUGUAGUGGGAAAGUGCACAUCUUACCAGGCCACCUUGGACUUCUUGAGCCACAAAUAAUUAGAAAAUACUGAAACGAAUAUUGUGGGCCUCACACGGUCAUUUUAUGUCUCUGUUCACCAAUGGAGUUGUUGUCUACAUAAGUGUGUACGUUUUAAAAAUAUAUAUUUAAUUGUUUUUAAAUCAGAUAAUUAAAAACACAUUCUAAAAUGUGUGGUUUCAUAUAAUCACAGUUGUUACAUUUGAUACUGUAUUGCAGGUACAGAAGAUCUAUUUAAUGCAGCCUUGUUAAGUGAGAUGUGCAUAGAUAAAAAUGUGUAAUACAUGUGUAGGUCUUAGAGAAUUGUUAGCAGCUUUACAGAUCCAAAGCUCUUUCUGUGUGUGAUAUAGCAGUUAAAAAUAGAAUAAAUAGUGGUUUUUAGCAUUUCACAAAGUUCUGGUUUGGUAACUGGGAGUUUAAUGUAUAUACAUUGGUCCUUAUCUACUGUAUUAAUUGUCAUUUUUUGUUUAUUGUAGCACAGAUGAGUAAUUUAAACAGUUAUAGAAAAAUGUUAAGAAUGGAACUGAUGAGCUGUUGUCAUUAAACUGUGCUUCUGCAGUCAUUAAAAUAAACCAUUGUUGUCAUCUAUCUGAUUAAACUUUUUAGAUUAUGAAGGUAAAUAUUAAUCCAGAAGAGCUGGCUGUUGUGCUCUGACAAGGCUGUAGUUCCUGUUUUAUUUUCCAAAUUAUUCCUGCAAAGGAAGAAGAAAAGAGGUGCAUUAAAAGGGGGGAGGAGGGUGGCCGAGAAAACUUCAAAAGGAUUUCUUCACAAAAUUUCUAUGUAAGUUAUAGACAAAAGACUAUCAAAUCAUUUUGCAGAAAAAGAUCUGCUAAGUGCCAGUGCUUUGUUUUAGUUACAAUUCU